AUGUGUUUUUAUAUUUUUUCUCUCUCUAUCUCACUCACUCACUCACUCACUCACACACACAUAUACUUAUCCCCCUCACUUUCUGAUUUCUUUAUUUUUCUCUCUCCUUUCUUUCCCACCUAUAUAUUUUUUCUCUUUCCAUCUUGUUUUCUCUUCCUCUUGUAUUCUCUCUCACUUCCUUUCUCUCUUCCUCUUCCUUUCUCUCUUCCUCUUUCUCUCCCAGGCUCUCUUUUCCUCUAUUUCUUCUCUCUCCUUCUCUCCAUCGCCUUUUCUAUCCCUCUUUCACCUUUUCCCCUCUCCAUUUUCUCAUUUUCUACCCCUUCACCCUCUCUCUCUUGUUUCUCCCUUUUCUCCAUCCCUCUCUACCCUCACUCUCUCGUGUUUCUCCUCCUCUUCCUCACUUUUACCUCUCUCCUUUUUCUCCCCUCUAUCUCUCUCCCUUUUUUCCCCUUUCUCCUUGUCUCCUUCCCUCUCUCUCUUCUUUUUCCUCUUUCUCUUCUCUAUCCCUCUCUACCCUCUCGCUCUUUUAUCCUCCUCUCUAUCAUGUUUAUCUCCCUCCCUUUUCUCUACCUCCCUCUCCCCCUCUCUCUCCUUGUUCUCUCCCCCUCUCUCUCCUUUUUCUCACCCCCUCUCUCUCUCUCACUCUCUCAUUAUUUAUGCGCGCACGCGUGA